GUAAAAAGAAGUCGAAACAAUUUAAAGGUACAGCCACAUCGAGUGCUCUGAGGUAGCAGUAAUAGAGAAGAGAGGCUGAGGCCGUUAUCUUCCCGCGAAGCGUUGCGUCCCACUCCCCGUAAACUCGUCACUUUUCGUUAAUUAUGGCGUCGAUUUCAGUGCUUGCAUCUCUACAACCAUCCCUGAGUUUAUCUGUUUCCAAAUUUUCGACUACGGUACGUCAUCGUGUUGCUGUUUCUCUUCUGUUAUAUACGUGUGUGUGUGUGUAUAGCGGCCAUUUGGUGUUUCAGGGAUGCUGCGGAACAACUACUACUGUUUCUCUUCAUGAACCUCAGAAGUCUUCCCAUUCGAAUAUAUGCGGGAACCCUGCGGCUCAUGGGCAAGUCAUUGAGCGAAGAGGAGUGUUAAUAUCAGCUAUUGGAAUCCUUGCUGGAUACUGGUGGGAUGCGGCAAUUGAUGGGAUGGCCAUGGCAUCUGAAUUCACCGACAUGCCUGCAAUCAGGGGGAAGGACUAUGGCAAGACUAAAAUGCGGUAUCCAGACUACACAGAGACAGAGUCAGGUCUUCAGUACAAGGACUUGAGAGUUGGAAAUGGCCCCACACCAAAGAUGGGAGAGACUGUAGUGGUUGAUUGGGAUGGUUUCACCAUAGGAUACUAUGGCCGCAUAUUUGAAGCCCGAAAUAAGACCAAGGGUGGUUCCUUUGAGGGAAAUGACAAGGACUUCUUCAAAUUUAGAGUAGGAUCGCAUGAGGUGAUACCAGCUUUCGAGGAAGCUGUUUCAGGCAUGGCUCCGGGUGGUGUUAGAAGGAUCAUAGUGCCGCCAGAAUUGGGAUAUCCUGAGAACGAUUUCAACAAGAGUGGCCCAAGACCAACAACAUUCUCGGGCCAACGAGCUUUGGAUUUUGUACUGAGGAACCAAGGGCUGAUAGACAAGACUCUUUUGUUUGAUAUUGAGCUCCUCAAAAUCUUAUCGAACUGAUUACACGUCGAGGUCAGCACGUGUCGCCAAUGCCAAGAUCUGAAAAUUGAGGGUGCAUAAAGAUUAUGACCUGGCAGAGAGACAUGGAACAUCAUCAUCUUGACGAUAAUGAAUGUGAGCUUCUAUUGUUUUUAUAUUAGCACUGGCCCUUGAUCGGUGGACAGAGAGAUCUAUUUUUUAUAUUUUACCUUUUAUUUCUUUUGUUGGGAUCUAAAUAUUAUGGCAAGUAGCUUCGAUUGGUUUUGUUACCACUUGUCAUUGCCCAGCAAAGUAAGAAAGGCUACUAGCCGGCCCUUGUAAUUAGAAUUUUUGUUUCAAGAUUCGGUUGUACCAUCAUAUCAUUAUCAUUGUAACUACAUGCGAGUGGAGAAAGGCUGAACUCUUUUUUUGCGGAA